CGUUUCUUGAUUCAAUCAUCCAAAACCCAACAAAGACAAUUCCCUUUAAAAAAUAGCCAUUAUUGCAAAAAUAGCCAGUUCUUGAAUUUGGUUCUCAAAUAUGGAUAGACUUGUAACAACUUUGUUUUUUUCAUCAUUCUUGUUAUUAAGUCUAUUUUCUACUACUACUCAUGCUCAAACACAAAACUGCUCAGCUUUUGCAUUCAGAAAUAAUCAGAAUUUUGCAACUUGUAAUCCUCUACCUUUGCUCAAUUCUGUUCUUCACUGGACUUAUCAUUCAGAUAAUCACACAGUUGAUCUUGCUUACAGACAUAGAGGAGUUACAGAUUCAGAUUGGGUAGCUUGGGGUUUAAAUAUUAAUGGAGCAAGAAUGGUUGGUGCACAGUGUUUGGUUGCAUUUAAAAAUUCCAGUGGCCGAAUUCAAGCUUACACUGCUCCUAUUGCUAAUUAUCUUACUCAGUUAAGACAAGGUUCUUUGAGUUUUAAUGUGCCAAGAAUUGAAGCAGAGUUUUCAAACAAUGAAUAUAUUAUUUUUGCAAGUUUGGAACUUCCUAGUGGAAGGAGUAGUUUUAACCAGGUUUGGCAAAAUGGCCAAGUUUCUGGUCAGGCUUUGCAAGCUCAUAGCCAGACUGGUGAUAAUAUGAGGUCUUUUGGAAGUGUUGAUUUUGCAACUGGCCAGUUGGGGAAUGAUGGUGGUAGCAGGUAGGGAUGUCAAUAGUUCAUUUCGGCCGGUUAUUUUAUAAAAUUUGUACCAUAUCAAUUUUUCAGUUAUUCUAUUAUGUAUAACCAAAAUUAGAC